AUGUCGGGAAAUUUAUCGUUUUUCGGGUCACUUAAGGCGAAUGGCUUUAAUCGCGCCAUCAGUCCCGCCAUUUUGAUGGCUCAAUUUUUCGGCGUCAUGCCACUCUACAAUCUCACGGCGAACGACGUGAUGCUGCUCGAGUUCAAACUCAAGUCAUGGCGAACGGCUUACAGCAUUUUCUGCAUAAUUGCGACAAUAUUUAGCACUUGCACGGCUUUCGUGCUGGCUUACGAGACAAACUUUGAAAUUUCGCAAAUCUCACCUUUUAUUUUCUAUGCCUUGAACGUUUACAUCAUGAUUGAGUUCUUUCGGCUUGCCCGUAAAUGGCCUCGAAUUAUGCGACAUUGGGAACGAGUCGAAAAUGCCAUUGUGAAUAGUCGGAAUAGGAAUUUGGAUGAUUCUUUAUCGCGGCAAUUGCGGAUUGUGACAAUUGUUGUUAUGAUUUGUUGUUGGACUGAACAUCUUUUGUCGAUUGUCUCGGCUUUGUUGAACAUGUGCGACACUUUGACGUAUUCUGAAGACUUUUUGAAAGGACAUUUGUAUCAUUUGUUCUUCAUGUUACCUUAUAACGCACCUUUGGCGGCAUUUGGAAAGUUUACGAACAUCAUAAGCACUUUUGCAUGGAAUUUUAUGGACUUGUUUGUGAUGUUGAAUGCGAUUGGAAUGGCAACUACUUUUAAGUUGUUAAGUGACUUCAUCAUUCUGGAAUGCAAAAAUCAGCACAUCAGCGACAAAUUCUGGUCCAAGCAACAUCAUAUCUACCAAAAAAUCGUAGAUCUCAUGAACGAAUUGGAUGACGAAACGUGCAGCAUUAACUUGGUAUCCUUCUCCAAUAACGUUUACUUCAUCAUUUUUCAGUUAUUAAACAGUUUGCAAUCGCUUCCCGUCGCUCACGCAAUUUACUUCUGGUUUUCCCUUCUCUUCUUGAUAUCGAGGACAAUUCUUAUCUGUUUGUGUGCUGCUGAGAUUCAAGAUCAAGCAAAGCGUCCCUUAAUUGCUCUUCGUAAAAUUCGCAGCGAUUAUUGGACUGAACAAUUGAGGCGCUUCAGUGAGGAAAUUACAAACGCAAAAAUUGGGUUGACAGGAAAAAAGUUAUUUUUCAUAAAUAGGAGUUUGUUACUGAGUGUUGCAGGCACAAUUAUUACCUAUGAACUAGUUUUGAUUCAGUUUCACAAGCAAGAUGAAGGACCUUAUAUUGAGCCUUGUGAUCCUAAUGAACAAAACGCAACAACACCGCAUCAACCAUUUUAG